CCUGAAUCUACCUUCCGUUUUAGAUCGCGAACCGACUCUUCCAAUCCAGUCACCAUCUCCUCUGCUCGCCUUUCUAUUUAUGGCGGCUUAAGCUCAUGCUAUUGAAUGUUCUGAGAAGUAUUAGAUUUUCGUCAAUAGCUAGGCAUCCUCUGUUUUCUCGGUUUAAUUCGAUAGCCACAAGUAAAAAAAUGCGAGACGUCAAAGUGAAAGCUACUUCUAAGUCAACUCAUGAAGAUGAAGAAGUUGAGAUUCUUCAAUCAAGAGAAAACGAGAUAUCUUCGCCCUUGAGCGUUAAAUCAACGCCUGAGAUCGAGAAAAAGUAUGUUCAUAAAGUUUACGAUGCCAUUGCUCCACAUUUUAGCUCCACAAGGUUUGCUAAAUGGCCUAAAGUCGCUGCCUUUCUUGACUCACUGCCUUCUGGAUCUGUAGUUCUUGAUGCAGGUUGCGGUAACGGCAAGUAUUUGGGGUUAAACCCGAGUUGUUUUUUCAUAGGCUGUGACAUAAGCAACCCACUGAUCAAAAUCUGUUCGGAUAAAGGCCAAGAAGUUCUUGUUGCAGACGCUGUGAAUCUUCCUUACAGGGAGGGAUUUGGCGAUGCUGCAAUCUCUAUUGCUGUGUUGCAUCACUUAAGCACAGAGAACAGAAGGAAGAGUGCCAUCGAGGAACUGGUUCGGGUGGUUAAGCCAGGGGGUUUUGUUCUCAUAACCGUUUGGGCUGCAGAACAAGAAGACAAAUCGUUGCUUACUAAAUGGACACCUUUGUCUCCAAAGUAUGUUGAAGAAUGGGUCGGACCAGGUAGUCCAAUAAACAGCCCUCGAGUGAGGAACAACCCAUUCUUUGGUCUUGAAAGCAUUCCAGAGACUGAGGUGAGUAUAAAGGAGAAAAAGACUGAGAUCAGCCCGUCAUUUGGUCUUGAGAGCAUUCCCGAAACCGAGGAGAGCACAAGAGAGCAGAAGUCUGAGAGCAUCCCAGAGACCAAAGAUGGCUUGGGAGAGCAGAAGGAUGAGAACUCUGUUGAGGAGUUAUUGGAGGCUAUGAAGAUGAAUCAGCAAGAGUACUUUGUUCCAUGGCAUUUACCUUACCACCGUGCUGAAGUAAGUGGUGCAUCUGCGUCUGCACUUGCAAGUGGGCUUGCUAAGAAAGACGAUAGAAAAGGAGCUGUUGUGUACAAUAGGUACUAUCAUGUCUUCAGUGAAGGCGAACUUGAAAGGUUGGCAUCUGGAGUAGACAAUGCAGUGAUAGUUGAUAAAUUUUACGACAAGUCCAAUUGGUGUAUUGUUCUUCAAAAAGCAAAGCCUUAAACCAAGACUGAUCAGCUACUGAAACUACACUCUUUGGUUUCAAACUAAGUUAUGCUUUUCCAUCUUUUUGACAUGAGAACUCCUUUGCAGCUACGAUCGGGUAUUUCCAUCUGUGGCAGCUCAUUUGUUGUGCAAUUGUUGGAUUUUAGGGUUUCUAUUGUGUACUGUUGAGAGAAAGGAGUACAAGAGGAACAAAAUGUCAUUUCAUUUUUGGUCAAAACAACAAAACAACAAAACAACAAGAUAAACAAAAUGUCAUUUCUAAAAUAACAAAAAUGCUUGAAUGGUUUUAUA